AUGACUGUGAUUAUCAGCCAGAAAAAGCUGAAGAAGUUUGAGAAGGAGUACCACACCUUGAGGGAGCAGCAGGAGCAGCAGGAGGCCCCCAUUGAGAGAUACGAGCGGGAGAACCGCCGUCUGCAAGAAGCUAACAUGCGACUGGAGCAGGAGAAUGACGACUUGGCGCACGAACUAGUCAGCAGCAAGAUAGCCCUGCGGAAAGACCUCGACAACGCUGAGGAGAAGGCAGACGCACUGAAUAAAGAGUUGCUGCUGACCAAACAGAAACUGGUGGACUCUGAGGACGAGAAGAGGCGACUGGAGGAGGAAUCUGCCCAGCUGAAGGAGAUGUGCAGGCGAGAGCUCGAUAAGUCUGAAUCGGAGAUAAAGAAGAACGGCUCCAUCAUUGGAGAAUAUAAGCAGGUUUGUACGAUGAAUGAAUUCUGUACAGAAAUCACUUUUAAUGCUUCAAUUAAGAAGUCUAGCAAAAGG